CCUCCAUCUUGUUAUAUAACAUUGAAAAACAGUAUUGAACCAUAACGUUCACAAAGCAAUUCAAGCUCAAAGGAGACAUGAACACUCGAAACGUUCCCCUCAUCUGUUUCCUACUCUCUAUCCUUCUCACACCCAACUUCACUGCUUCACAGAUCAUCUUUCAGGGGUUCAACUGGGAAUCAAGCAGGAAGGGAGGAUGGUACAACAUUUUAAAGCAGUCUGUACAAGACCUAGCUAGUUCCGGAAUCACACAUGUUUGGCUUCCUCCAUCUUCUCAUGCUGCUUCAGAUGAAGGAUACAUGCCGGGAAGGCUUUAUGAUCUCAAUUCAAAAUUUGGAAACAAAGAUGAAUUGAAGUCACUGGUAAGUGCGUACCGCAACAGUGGGAUACAGUCUGUGGCAGAUAUAGUUAUAAACCACAGAACUGCAGAGAAGCAAGACGAGAGAGGAAUAUGGUGCAUCUUUGAAGGAGGAACUGACGAUGAUCGCCUUGAUUGGGGGCCGUCUCUUAUUUGCGGUGAUGAUACAAAAAUUGAUGGCAAGGGAAACCCUGACACUGGAGAGGACUUCGGUGGUGCUCCUGACAUUGACCACAAAAACACAAGGGUUCAGAAAGAGCUCUCGGAUUGGAUGAAUUGGUUAAAGACUGAAAUCGGGUUCAGUGGUUGGAGAUUUGAUUUUGUUAAGGGAUAUGCUCCUGAAUAUACCAAGCUGUAUAUGACAAAUACAAGUCCAAAUUUCGCAGUAGGGGAACUUUGGAAUUCCCUUUCUUAUGGAAGUGAUGGAAAACCGAACCCAGAUCAAGAUGCACAUCGACAAGCGCUAGUCGGAUGGGUGGAGAGUGCUGGAGGAGGUGUUACAGCAUUUGAUUUUACAACUAAAGGGAUACUUCAAGCUGCAGUCCAAGGGGAGCUUUGGAGGCUGAAGGACUCGAAUGGUGGCGCUCCAGGGAUGAUCGGAUUGAAGCCAGGAAGUAGUGUAACUUUCAUUGACAAUCAUGAUACAGGUUCCACACAACAUUUGUGGCCAUUUCCAUCUGAUAAGGUCAUGCAGGGAUAUGCUUACAUUCUCACUCAUCCAGGGAUCCCAUCAAUAUUUUAUGAUCACUUCUUUGACUGGGGCUUGAAAGGGGAGAUCUCUAAACUCACUGCAAUCAGAUCGAGAAAUGGGAUCAAACCCGACAGUGCCUUGCGCAUUCUAGCAGCCGAUGCAGAUGUCUAUGUAGCUUCCAUAGAUGAGAAAAUCAUAGUCAAGAUUGGUCCGAAGAUGGAUUUAGGCCAACUUAUACCUCCAAACUUCCAAGUUUCGACUUCUGGAAAGGAUUAUGCCGUGUGGGAGAGAAAGGCAUGAGGGCCUGUAUCAUCUGGAAUAAGGCUACUUUUGAAUUAAAUAAACUCUCUGUUAUAGUAAUUUAAAAGUUGAUCAUGUAUUUUAUUUCCCAACGUUUUGUUUUUUUAUAUUCCUCCAAGAUGGAGAAUUACCAAGAAAGUGGAGUUUUCUCCUA